AUGUGUAGCUUCCGAGGUAGAGGAAUGACUGUGAUGGACUUCGCCGAGAGUGGGACGUGCCGAUGUGUGGGGGGGGGGGGGGGGGGGGGGUUGGGGUGGUGGUUGGGGGGGGGUGGGGUGGGGGGUGGGGGGGGUGGGUGGUUGGGUUGGGGUGGGUGGGGGGGGGGUGGGUGGUGGGGGUGGGUGUGGGGGGGGGUUUGGGGGGGGGGGGGGGUUUGGUGGGGGGGGGUGGGGGGGGGGGGGGGGGGUGGGGGGGUUGGGUGGGAUAGCGGAUGA